ACGUUGUACGCGAGAAGAGGCACUUGCUURACAUUUUUGGUGGUCUCACUGUAUUUAAAUAAUGUUAUCCGCGCUUAUAGCUUUUAUAGUCUUUUCUGCAGCUCUGGCUGAUAAGUGCAAUAAUCUAGAUGGRAUUUGGUACAACCAGCUAGGCUCUGAAAUUUCUCUAAAGCAUUCGAAUGACGGUAGGUUGUAUGGAAUUUAUCGCACAGCUGUUGAAAGGGAAAAGGGCUCCGCUGGCAACACUCACUCGAUCAUCUUAGGUUCCUCUCCAUACAACUCCCCUGGAGCCACCUUUGCAUUUGCUGUUGUGUGGCGUAAUGGAUCCUCAACAACUUCCUGGACGGGGCAGUGUAAGAUGUGUGAGGAUGGUAAGGAAAAACUACUGACAUCCUGGCUGCUGAGAUCACAAGUAAACACAUGCAUUGACAAGUGGAAAUCAACGAUGAUUGGACGAGAUGUGUUUACAAGAUAUGAACAGCGUCCAGGAAUACCCAAACCAAGUGGUGCACCACCAACAAUCCCACCACCKACAACAAUUAUCUUCAAACCCCGCCAACCAUGUGACAUAGUUGGCAAGUGGUARAAUUCAGUUGGUUCUGAGAUGAUAAUAAAGCAGAACAUGGAUGGUGUUAUUAUAGGGGAGUAUCGAACAGCUGUGGAACGUGAAAAGGGGGCAGCAGGCAACACCCAUUCAGUAGUUUAUGGUAUAGGAGCACAUGGAAAUCCUAAUGGCACUUUUGCUUUCUUUGUGGUAUGGAAUAAAGGUGCAUCAGUCACUGGAUGGGUAGGGCAAUGUCAUAUCUGUGGAGAGAAUAAAACUGAGGUCCUAGAGAGUACAUGGUUACUAAGGAGCAAGAUUGACAAGUGCGGUGAUAAUUGGAAAUCAACAAUGUACGGAGAGAAUAGUUUUACURGCCAUGAACAGAAGAAAGGGCCUCGUAAACAUUUAGGUAUAGACACACCAGGGAGGGAUGGGGAGGUUGUGAAGCCCUGUAGCAGAGGUACAAUUACAAGAAAUUAUAUGGUACUUCUGUAUUCAGUUCUUCUAGGAAGACAACUUAUAAUGUAAUGUAAGCAAAUCAAACAAGUGUGUUUUGUUUGGUGUUUAUAAAUGGGAAAAUUGUUAUAGCACUUUAUACUUUACAAGGGGUGGCAUCUUGAUCAUUGAAAUAACUUUUAGAGUAAAGUAGAAGAGCAUAAUCUUAUUAAAACUAGUCAUAUUAAAACUUCAUUUAGGAUAUAAAUUAUAGGCCCAAUUCCCUCAAAUAUGGAAAUUUUGAGUGUUUUGCAACAAUUUUAAGAUAAAGUUGACACUUGAGGAUGGAGCGUCUAAUCAUUGUGUGGUAGUGGCAUUAAU